AAUGGGCCGAGCACCUUCUUCGUAUACAUAAAAGGAAGCCCGCUGCUCUGCAUUUCUGGGAACAAAAGAAAAACAACACUUCACAACAGGAUCUAGCAUCUCAAAAUAGGCUCAAGCCACACCAACUAGGAGUUAAAGGUACACACUCAAAAGAGCUGUCCUGGAGGGAAUGAGUCAAAGGUCAACUUUUGGGACAAGACUGAGUGCUGGUAUCAUUCAGUGCAUCACGUAUAUUGAAGAUAAAAUUGUUUUGCUUCGUGCAGACGAAAUGAUGUCUAUGGUUCUUGUCCUAUUUGUCUGCGUACUUGGGAUCAGCGAAGCAGAUGAAUGUUGCAGCACAACAUGCAAGAAACAUAAAUCAUUGGAAAAUAUUGCUCUUCAGGGAAGGGCUACCCAGUCAUCUCGUCUGCUUAACAAAGAUGGUUUUCUUGCAAGUGCAAUGAACGCCAUAGAUGGUAAUCUGGAAAGUAAUGUUUAUCUCGGAUCCUGUAGUCAUACAGAUCCUGAAACCAAUCCGUGGUGGAGAGUUGACUUGUUGCGUUCAUAUGCCAUAUCUUUUAUACUAAUUACCAACAGAGGAGAAUGCUGUGCAGAACGCCUUGAUGGUGCUGAAAUACAUAUUGGUGACUCUCUGGAAAACAAUGGCAACAAUAAUCCAAGGUGUACCACUAUCUCAUCAAUUCCUCUUGGAGCAACAUAUACUUUUCCAUGCAGUGGAAUGGUUGGCCGUUAUGUAAACAUUUUUUUACCAGGCGAAAACAAAAUGUUAUCACUCUGUGAAGUUCAGGUUUAUGGAUAUCCAGUGUACUAAAGUUUAACAGACAAUACAGUAACAGCAGUUGGUAUUAUAAUCUUUCUCUGCUGAGGUGUUUUUUUUCCUUACUAUGGGAUGGACACUGAAUUUCUUGAAAUAUAAUGCUAUACUUGAAAAUGUACCACCAACAGGUCUUGACAUAUAAUUCUGUACUUGAAAAUGUACCACCAGCAGGUCUGUGCUUAAAAAGAUGAAGUACUGGAACCAUGUAGACCAUCUUUUUCCUCCCAACAGUAAAAAAAACUAUGAAAAUGUUUCACCUAGAGUACUUUUGGUGAAACUCAGAGUAAAUCCUUUUUUUGCAGGGGGCAAACCCUCCUGCACCCGCAUGUGGGUGGACACCCCCAUACCACCUGAACUUAAAUAUACCUGCUCCAAAGUCAGACAACAGUAUGGAAAUGGGACUUCUCGAUUGUUGGUAAAAGUGCUUUCAAUAAAAAUUUUCAUGGAAACAGCAGUUGUUGCAGCUGUUGGUGAUAUACUGACAUGCUCUUGAAGUGCUUUAUAACCAAAUUCAUCAUUUUCACAGUCAUUUGGGAUGAAAAAACAUCAAGGGACACUUUUUAAGGCAAGCAAAAAAUUGGAAAGGCUCUCUGUCCAAGGAAAGAUAAUUUCAUUUUGUUGCAUCUCUUUCUGAUGGAAUAAAGGGAUGCAAAAGUUUGAUGUUCAAUAGUGUGUAUUGUAAAAGCUAAGUGGUACAUAAAAGUGGUACAUAAACAAUCACAGUGUUCUAGAUUGUUUCCCCCUCCUCAAUAUUAUGCAGAAGAACUGAAUUAAUUUUAUUCUUUGUCAAUGUGCUUCUACCCUUUGCGCAAAAGAUAUGAACUUACUGGAUGAUGUUUGAGAAAGUGAAACAUCGAUAAAAUGCUCAAGUGUAAGAUCACAAGUUGCAUGAACAACCCUACACUUUACUUUGAGGAUUUAUGUGUAUUCGUGUCUGCCACCAUUGCCGCUCAGUUAACGUAGUGACUAUGACCCAGGUCUUUGAUAGCACUAGCAGGGGAACAAUGGGCAUGCUUAUAUUGGGGGAGGAAGGGCAGAGUAGGGAUACAAACUGCUAAUACCCCUCAGAGGAGCAAUGGCAUUGCAAACAGCAUCCUGGGGUUUGGGCUUUUGGCUCUUGGUGGUAUAGCCAUCAUUAAUGAGUAUACAACAGCAUGAGCAAACAAAGGCAAAGGCAUUAUGGGUCUCUGUCAUAACAUAGAUAGGUCAUCCCCUGCCCUGCAGUGGAGUUAGUGCAAUAUAAAAGCACUCUCAACACUGGUCAGGGCACAAGAAACCCUCAUGGCUGACUGUAGGAUAGCUUCUCCAGGUGGCCAUUGCCCCAUAUGUUACAGGGGUACACACUCUCAUAAGGAGGAAUGAACAGGCUGGGACUGAAAGGGGAUGGCUUGAUUGUAAACAGGCAUGGGGAAAGAAACAUCCUAGAAAAAACAUCAGCUGCAACAGGCCAACUUCUGGCUCCUUAGUAGUGUGUGGUGAUUCUGAUAUAUUUACUGGGCAACAUACUGUCUGGCCUAUGACAAUGUCCAUAUACUAGGGUUACAGGACUUGUAAAGAAUAAGUGAUGAAAAUGUACACGAGCUUUUAUGAAGCACGUCUGCUCAAGAGCAGUCAUCAAAGGAAACUGUCACUGUUCAAAGGUAAAGCAAAGUUUAAGACUCCUAGAAUGACUGUCAUUGUGGCUGAGAGAUAACUAUAAAAAAUCAUAGGCAUUGCUUUUGCUGCCACGGAACUUUCUUGAACUGUUUCAGCAUGUACUAGUCCUGACUGAGCAAUGGACCAUUCCAUCAAAAAUUGCAAACAUCCCCCAAACUAGUGUGGCCUGGAGAUGCAUGAAUGUGUGGGAUUAUCCCUCUUCACCCUAGGUCAUGAAGUUGUAAUUUUAUAAGCACUUUUUAAUAGUGUGCUCCACUGAUCAAACCAAAUUUUAUUAUACUGUAUCAAUAUGUCAUUGCUACCUCUGCUGCAGUACAAUCACAUGGUGCGUACAAUGGCAGUAGCUAUGGAGCCACCUUGUUACAACCUCAUUUGGAAAUAAAUUUACAUGAAGCCCUCAGGAAUGAGUAAUGUGUCAAAUAAUAUACAGCAGGUCUAUUACCUGACGCAUGUAGAUUAUAUCCGACAAAAUGAAGUAGGGGCCUUAAGACCAAAGCCUGAUGAUCUGGAAUCUAGACUUAAUUCCACCUCAAAGGCCACUAGUCACAUGCUUAUCCAUGGGUCCACCUUAUCCAGUGAGAUCUACACUUUGAGCUUCAUGUCAUUAUCAUUACUGUACUGCUGCAAUAACAAGGAAAUGCUUGUUGGUCACCUUAUUCAGUAAGAUCUACACCUUGAGCUUCAUGUCACUCCCAUUACUUUACUGCUGUAAUAACAGGGAAAUGCCUGUUGGUCACCUUAUCCAGUGAGAUCUACACCUUGAGCUCCAUGUCACUCCCAUUACUGUACUGCUGUAAUAACAGGGAAAUGCCUGUUGGUCACCUUAUCCAGUGAGAUCUACACCUUGAGCUUCAUGUCACUCCCAUUACUGUACUGCUGUAAUAACAUGGAAAUGCCUGUUGGUCACCUUAUCCAGUGAGAUCUACACCUUGAGCUUCAUGUCACUCCCAUUACUGUACUGCUGUAAUAACAGGGAAAUGCCUGUUGGUCACCUUAUCCAGUGAGAUCUAUACCUUGAGCUUCAUGUCACUCUCAUUACUGUACUGCUUAAUAACAGGGAAAUGCCUGUUGGUCACCUUAUCCAGUGAGAUCUACAUCUUGAGCUUCAUGUCACUCCCAUUACUGUACUGCUGUAAUAACAGGGAAAUGCCUGUUUGUCACCUUAUCCAGUGAGAUCUACACCUUGAGCUUCAUGUCACUCCCAUUACUGUACUGCUGUAAUAACAUGGAAAUGCCUGUUGGUCACCUUAUCCAGUGAGAUCUACACCUUGAGCUUCAUGUCACUCAUUACUGUACUGCUGUAAUAACAGGGAAAUGGAUGUUGGUCACCAUAUCCAGUGAGAUCUACAUCUUGAGCUUCAUGUCACUCAUUACUGUACUGCUGUAAUAACAGGGAAAUGCCUGUUUGUCACCUUAUCCAGUGAGAUCUACACGUUGAGCUUCAUGUCACUCCCAUUACUGUACUGCUGUAAUAACAGGGAAAUGCCUGUUGGUCACCUUAUCCAGUGAGAUCUACACCUUGAGCUUCAUGUCACUCCCAUUACUGUACUGCUGUAAAAACAUGGAAAUGCCUGUUGGUCACCUUAUCCAGUGAGAUCUACACCUUGAGCUUCAUGUCACUCCCAUUACUGUACUGCUGUAAUAACAGGGAAAUGCCUGUUGGUCACCUUAUCCAGUGAGAUCUACACCUUGAGCUUCAUGUCACUCCCAUUACUGUACUGCUGUAAUAACAUGGAAAUGCCUGUUGGUCACCUUAUCCAGUGAGAUCUACACCUUGAGCUUCAUGUCACUCGCAUUACUGUACUGCUGUAAUAACAUGGAAAUGCCUGUUGGUCACCUUAUCCAGUGAGAUCUACACCUUGAGCUUCAUGUCACUCAUUACUGUACUGCUGUAAUAACAGGGAAAUACCUGUUAGUCACCUUACCCAGUGAGAUCCACACCUUGAGUUUCAUGUCACUCCCAUUACUGUACUGUUGGAAUAACAGGGAAAUGCUUGUUGGUCUCCUGGUAAGGAAGCUGAAUCUUCAGUGAGUGUGGCCAUCAAUCUAGUGAACAAGAAUUCCUUGCCCAGGGUACACUGCCUGAGCCCUGUCUUCUGGGAUACCCUACUCAGGCCUGACUUUCAUAAGCAUGAAACCAAAGCUAAGAGGAUCUACCUGAGUAUCUUUUAGACUCUUAGUGCCCUCUUUCACUGACCACAAAUUUCAAAAAUCAGUUCUAUGGACUUGUGAAAGAUAAUCCUCAGGGUCUGUGAGAAUAGUUCUAUGGACCUGUGAAAGAUAAUCCUCAGGGUCUGUAAGAAUAGUUCUAUGGACCUGUGAAAGAUAAUCCUCAGGGUCUGUGAGAAUAGUUCUAUGGACCUGUGAAAGAUAAUCCUCAGGGUCUGUGAGAAUAGUUCUAUGGACCUGUGAAAGAUAAACCUCAGGGUCUGUGAGAAUAGUUCUAUGGACCUGUGAAAGAUAAUCCUCAGGGUCUGUGAGAAUAGUUCUAUGGACCUGUGAAAGAUAAACCUCAGGGUCUGUGAGAAUAGUUCUAUGGACCUGUGAAAGAUAAUCCUCAGGGUCUGUGAGAAUAGUUCUAUGGACCUGUGAAAGAUAAACCUCAGGGUCUGUAAGAAUAGUUCUAUGGACCUGUGAAAGAUAAUCCUCAGGGUCUGUGAGAAUACCUUCAAAAGAACAUGUCCAACAUACAUUUCUGUCACUACUGAUCUCAGUGAAUGUGCAAGUCCAAGACUAUAACCUCCCAACUCCCCAACCCCUGAUAAAUAUGUGGAAGGCUGUAUGAGUCAGCGCUUGAAUUUUCUGCUCUUUUAAUCCAAGCAUUUUCUGCAUGCAAGAGGCAGUCUCACAGCAAGGCCAAGGAGAAGAGAAUUGUCUUUCUCUUUCUAUCUUCCCUCAUUAAUCUUUUCUGUUGAUGGAAUCUGUUUCAGAUACAAAGAUGUCCAACUCCUGAGAGUGAGACACUGACUCCUCCAUCAUAGCCAACUCCUCUCUAAAGGAUCCCUACAUUUGUGGAUAUGUACGUACCAUCUAUGACCACAUUCCCCAGAAAUAUCUUACCACCUGCCUUAGGCAAGCAAAUCAGAAUACUUGAGACUAUCAGAAAUGAUGCCUUCCACCUGCAGAUAACUAUAUUGAAAGUUACAUGCCAAUAAUUCUACAUAUACUAUCUGGAUACAAACUUCACAUUUCACUUCAAGGGCAGGGUCGUUUAAUAUUGUCUGCUGAGCAUGAGUACUGAAGUGUAUAACAUUCCUUUGUCUGGCAAAGAGCAAAGAACCCUGGAAAAAUAUUAUGAGGACAUUAAUUCUUUUGUCCUUAAAGGAUUAAGAAACGUCUAAUGUCAUCCAUUUCUAUGCUUUUUAACUUGUCAGGAUCUGGACAUAGUGACCUGACUGGGUCAGACAGAAUGGCCACUGAAAAGCUUUGUACACAAUCACUGUUGGUUUCCAUUUGUAAGUCAACACAGAUAAGAUGGCUAACACCUAGUGAGGGCUCCUGCUAGCCCAAAAAACUGAGUAAUGACAAAACAUUUGUUGGUCCAAUAAAAGGAAUCACAUGUUUAUGUUCCAGUAUCUGCUAGUGGACCAGCACAUUACUUUUUAAUUAUUUUUUUCUACCCUUUAUUAGUCAUGAAUUAUGUAACCGUGCAGUUUUAUAUGGCAUUUAUUUAAAAAGAUCAGUCUUCACUCUAACUGCUUUUUCUGUGUCUGUUUCUGCCAGAGUGGAGGUCCUUUCUGGUAAAAAUAAAUAAAU